AUGGAGUUAGAUAAAUUUAGCUAUCAAGUGCUUUUUAGUCUAUAUAAUGAUUACGAUAAUACAUUUAAUGAAUUAUACAGACUAAAUACUUUCAAUGAAGGCGAAAUCGAAAAAGUUUACAAAGAUAUCAAAACACAGUUGAUCGAAACUAAUUAUUUUUCUCCAUCUGAUAUCAUAAAGAUAAUAUCAUCUAUAUCAAUAUACAAUAACCGCUACAUAAAGUCAUAUUGGAUACUUUUCAAAAAGAUAUAUGAAAAAUAUCAUCCAAAACGGAUCAAAAACAUCUCUCCUCUUUUUGAUUACUUUGUUUAUAAAGAGUAUGGGAUCAUUUUUGAUGAAACUAAUAAAAUUGCCUGCAAAGAAUAUGAAAUUAAAAAUUAUUCAUUAGAAGUUCACGAAUUAAAUACAUCAUACAGAGCAAUAAUGGAUGAUGACCUAAAAUUGCUUAUAUCGAUAGCAGAACAAGAAGAAUUUGACAAAGAUCAAAAGCUAUUAAGUGAUUUUUAUCCAAAAUUUCAAGGCGAUUCAUAUCUUGAACUAUGUUGUUAUCAUGGCUCUGUUGAUUGUUUUAAAUUUUUAAGAACAAAAUUUCACUCGCAGAUCACUGAAAAAUGUCUAUGGUAUUCAUUUUUGAGUGGAAACCAAGAGAUUAUGAGCGAAUGUUUGAAAUUUCAAAGACCUAAUUUUGUUUGCAUGGUUUUUGCAGUUAUAUCACACAACAUUGAUUUUGUUUCAUUUCUUAUGAACGAGUAUAAUUUAAGGAUUGACUUAACUUCAUGUGGAACUUACAAUAAUCUUCAAUCAUUUUUAGUAUAUUUAGAUCAAACAAAAGAUAUCAACAGUUGUUUUGUGUAUUCUCCUCUUUUCAGAAUUCCUUCAGUCUGCGAAUACUUACUUUCUCAUGGUGCAAGUGUCAAUGCAAAAGACGAAAUGUGGAAAACAGCACUGCAAGUUGCAGCAAUGAAUGACCUUAAAAAUAUUGCAGAAUUUCUUAUUUCACAUGGUGCAAAUGUCAAUGAGCAAAAUUCUAAUGGGUGGACAUCUCUAAUUAUUGCAUCAAAUAAUAAUUGCAUUGAAACUGCAGAAACUCUUCUAUUACAUGGGGCAGAUGUAAAUGCAAAAGAGUAUAGAGGAGGGAGUUCUCUCCAUUGGACAUCCUGGACUAAUAGCAAAGAAGCAGUUGAACUACUUCUUAUGCAUGGUGCUGAUAUUGAUGCUAGAGAUCAUCAUGGGAAAAGUCCUCUUGACUACGCAAUAGAAAACAACAGUAAAGUAGUAGCCGAUUUUCUUAUAGCGCAUGGUGCAAGUGUAACUAAAUAG